ACAAUCUCGAACAAUUUUGGACGAACUCGACCACCGUACUCGAUACCCUUUCCCCUCUAUCUCACUAUGGUGUUUUUUUUUCUUUCUAACUUUUAGUUACUAUAGCUAAGUUUGUACCUUCAUUUUGCAGUGCCUUUACACAGACAGUCAUUAUAUAUAUAUUUUUCGUUUUCCAUCAUGUUCACGACCACCGGUUCCCGAGGGCUCGAUAAGGCCCCCCUGUCUAAAGGUCUCCUCCUGGUCCUCAGUGGUCUGACUGUCGUGCUAAACCUCCUGCCACAGUACAAUCACCUGUUCACCUACAGCCUGCAGGCCAUCACGCUGCAGCACCAGGUAUGGCGGUUAGUGUGUGGCAGACUGAUCUGUCUGGACCUAAAGGACACCUUCUGCAACAGUCUGCUCAUCUACAACUUCCGCAUCUUGGAGAGACGGUUCGGCAGCAGAAAAUUUGCUUCCUUCCUGUUUGGGACGUGGGUGCUCACUGCACUGGUGGACUUCCUGCUGUCCGAAGCGUUUCACUACCUGUUUGACUACCAGGUGUCUGAGCUGCCUGCCGGACUGCUAGGCCCAUUGUUCAGCCUGUUUGUACCUUUCUACUCCUCCAUCCCCAAGGUUCCAGUCACUCAACUCCUUGGUCAGAUCUCCAUAACUAACAAGUCCCUGGUUUACAUUGUAGGCCUGCAGCUCCUGACCUCCAGUCCGUUCAUGUGGCUCGUUGCUCUCAGUGGACUGGUCUCUGGGAAGCUGUACCACGGAAAUGCUCUGGGGGUGCAGCGGCUGCUCUUCGUGCCCCGGUGGCUGUCCCGUGUAGGGGCCUUCGUCCUGGAGCCCCUGUUCUCUGGGCCCCCGCCCCCCAAUGAACCCCCCCUGGGUAUGGGGGCUACUCUGGACAUCCAGAGACAGCAGAGGAUGGAUCUGCAUGAUCAACAGAUGCUGCUGGCCCAGUUCCAUCAGGCCAGGAGGAACCACAGACCACCACAGAAUGGCCUAAUGAACUGGAACAGAUUUUUCCCAUCGCUGAGACACAGAGGACAGAACCUUCCCCCAGAGCUGCAGCCACACCCCUCUCCACAGCAGCUCCACCCCACAGCUCCACCACUGCUGGAGCCCACAGCUCCUCCACUGCUGGAGCCCACAGCUCCUCCCUUGGUCAACACUCCUGUAGCUGAAGAACAGGUGAGCACUGUUGCCAGAUUGAUGGAGAUGGGCUUCUCCAGAAUAGAUGCUCAGGAUGCCCUCAGAGCAUCCAACAACGACAUCAACGUGGCAACCAACUUUCUACUGCAGCAUUUAGGGUAGGGAGGAGUUUGAAAGAUGUAGAACCUGAGAGAGAAAAACAACAGAAUGAAGUGUGGGUCUGAUCCAGUGAGCAGGGUCCUGGGGGUUUGAGGCCAGGGUGACCGGCCUGCUCUGGAGCUCCAGAGGACUACACAGAGAAUAACUCAACACAGACUACACAAUUACUAUGAGGAAAGGAGAGGAGGAGGACAGUAAUGCUGCUGCUGUCCACCGUGCUUCCUGAAGGGUGAAGAGGGCUGUCCACAGUGCUUCCUGGUAGUGGGUGCUCAGCCCUGUUCCAGAUAGUUUGGAUACUCUGUCCUGUCACCUUGCUGCUGAGGGACAGAGGAGGAUCAGAAGGCUGCUAUUCUCAGGGCUUGUUGCAUCUAGUGUCUUCUCUAUACUCUAGCAUUACCGUGGUUCAUUACGGCUUCCUCCACCUCACACACACCUUCGCCCAGAAAACACACACAUUCGCCAGUCCCUAAAGGUUUUCUUUUGUGUCAUUUGUCCAUGGACCGUGAUUACAGGAGUUUGUUUGCUUGACUUCUGCAGAAUUAAUGUACAAUUCCUCAGAAUUAAUCUAAAAUCUUAAAGGGGUUUGAAAUGAGGAGAAUAUACUAAAUUAUGGAAACUGUCAAUCUUGUAUACUCAAUGAAAAACGUCUGCACAUGUACUACUUAGUGGAUGGCUUGUAUGUUUAGCUGCUCAGUGGCUACAUUCUGGUUAACUACACUAUGGAAUAAAAUCAUGAUGACAAGAUAUUAAUUAUUUAAACUGUUUCACUAGUUUUUCACAAAAUCAUUGAGGAUUUAACACUUAUUUAUAUAAUUUUUUAUUUACUUUUUGUUUUAUGUGACUGACUGUAUAAACGGGGGUGUGCUUGUUGUUCGGUUAACCUAUGCCUGUGUGUGGUGUCAUUAUGCUACAGAUUACAAAUGAUUAACAAUUUAACAAACUGCUUCCAACCACUGAAAUAUAUAUGCAAUGUGCUCUGCUGUGGUAACCGUGCUGCCCAUACAUCGUUACAACAGUAUAAUGGCCUAAUGAAUAAACCUACCUCUCACCUUCAGAUGAUUUUCUGCUUUAAUUCACAGCAUUACUCGUGUUUAUUAUGCUUUGGGAUGACUGUGACAAACAUGGCGAAUAAUAGUUCCCGUUUUGAGAGAAAUAUUAGUUUUACACUGCCAUCUCCAGGUCGUUGUUGGAAUAGGCACUUUCUGCCAGAGACGAAAUUGUAAGGUGCUCUGAAUGUUGCUGUUUGAUUCUCAGCGGAAUUAGAAAUCAUGACAAUAAACCCGUUUUUAAUUCUA